AUGUUCGCCGUUCUGCCCCCGCACCCCUCGCGAGUCCUGCCACCAGCCCAGCACGACGUGACUGCGCCGCGGUUUUGUCCCUCCGCCCGCCGAGGUCCUCGUCUCUGCGGCACACACAGCUCCGAGUCGGCCCUCCUCUCUUCUCUCAGCAUGGCGUACAACUUCGGGCUUCCGCGCGACUUCAGCCAGCCCGCGGGCCUGGGUCUGCCGUCCCCUCCGCGCCCGCGCCCGCCGCCCGCAGACGAAGACCCGCCCCGGGCGUUCUCUCGGGCGCCCAGCGGCCCCCCCGGGCCUCGGACGCCCCACCAGAUCGGCGGCUUUCUGGACUCGAACUCGCCGCCGAUGCCGUCCCCCGCGAACGGCCUGUUUCCCACGCCCUUUGUGUUCCCGAAGCCUGUGUGCAACGCGCCGGCGACGCUACGCAUUCCGCCGCCUGGCGGCGACGGCGGCCGCGAAAGCCGAUGCGCCUCAGGCGAUCUUCCAGCCCCGCCCAACUGUCUCCGACCGCCCCUGGGUGGCCUCGCCCCGCCCAGCCUCCCCCCGCUCUCCGCGGGUCCUCCCGGAGGGCCGAGCAGCGCGCCUCCUUCGCUGCCCGCGGUGCCCUUCCCGGGCGUCCUGCCCCCGCCGGGCUUCCCCCCGCUCCCGUUCCCGGUGCCGCCGAACUUGGUCGCCGCCGCUGCGGCUGUGGCCUUCAUAACUGCGGCAGGGGGCGACUCGCAGAAUGCCGCUGGAGGCGGGGUCGCAGGUCCGCUCGGCGUGCCGUUUCCGCCUUCGCUUCCAGCAGGCGGCCUGCCCGCUGCGGCGCUCGCGGGCCUCGUGGGCGGCGGCGCGGCGUUGAGCCAGGGCGGCGGCGCGGCGUUGAGCCAGGGCGGCGGCGCUGCGUUGAGCCAGGGCGGCGCCCAGAGCGCCGCGCCCGAGCCGCCGCAGGCACAGACCCUCUCGCAGAUGCUGCAGGCGAGCGGCGAGAAGGAAAAGCUCAAGAAACUGGUCAAAGAGGAGCUGCGGAAAGAAGGAUACAACUUUGUGCUUCUGAACCUGGCGACGGAGAAGAUCAAACAGAAGGGCGACCCCGAUGGCUUGGAAGAGGCGACGAUGCUGCAGCUGAUGCGCGACGAAGGCCGCAAACGCAUUCCCGUCUCUGUGAAAAGACUUCUCGUUACGCUUAUCGAGGGAUUUGCCGGGAAAGACAAGAAGAGGGAGAAGGAGGAAGAGCGGCAGAAAGAGGCGGCCGCCGAGGCAGCGGAGAGAGAGGCUGCGGAGACGAACGGCGACGCGGAGAAGGAUACUUCUCUUGUUAAGAAGGACAGUCCGUCUCGAGGCUCGUCCGGCUCGCGUAUGCGCUCCGAGUCGCCCUCGUCGCAGAAGCGCCGCAGCGGAAACAGAGAAGAAAAGCGCGACAGCAUGUCGUGUAGCCGCAGCCGAGACCGCAGGAGUCGGAGUGUCAGCUCGAGCCGCAGCAGCGGCAGCCGCAGCCGAGAACGCGAUCGGAUGCGAUCUAUUUCGCACUCCCAUUCGCCUGUAGGCACUCUCGGCCGAGCGCUGCCUUCUGCGUCCGCCGCGGACCGACACAGCGCCAACCGCAGUUCUCGCAGCCGCAGCCGCAGCGACAGCCGCCGCACGAGCGCCAGCCGAAGCGAGGAGAGCCGCCGCAGUCGGAGUCGCAGUCGAGGCCGCAGUGGAAGCAGCGCAAGCAGAAGCGGCAGCAUGGAAAGCAGGAGUCGCAGCCGGAGCGAGAGCAAGAGAAGCGCCAGCAGCGGAAGCCGCAGCCGAAGCAACUGCGCGAUCAGAAGUCGCAGCAGAAGCGUGAGCAAGAGCGGCAGCCGCAGCAGGAGCUCGAGCAAGAGCGGCAGCCGCAGCAGGAGCCGAAGCAGCGCGGCGAGCAGGAGUGGGAGCCGCAGCAGGAGCGCGAGCAAGAGCGGCAGCCGCAGCAGGAGCCGAAUCAGCGCGGCGAGCAGGAGUGGGAGCCGCAGCAGGAACUCGAGCAAGAGCGGCAGCCGCAGCAGGAGCCGAAGCAGCGCGGCGAGCAGGAGUGGGAACCGCAGCAGGAGCGCGAGCAAGAGCGGCAGCCGUAGCAGGAGUCGAAGCAGCGCCGCGAGCAGGAGUGGGAGCGAGAGCAGAAGUCGAGGGAGGCGAAGCGAGUCGAAGAGAUCGAGCCGAGCUAGAAGAGAGUCUGGAAGCGCAAGGUGCGCCAGCAGCAGAAGCAGGAGUCGAAGCACGUCGGGAAGCGGGAGCCAAGGGCGAGACAGCGACAGCAAGAGCGUGAGUGUUUCUAGCCGGAGCGACCGCAGCAGCCACGCGACCCGCCUAGAGAGCAAGCGCGGCCGCAGCAGCGCAAGGAGCGACAGCAAUCGCAGCAGAAGCGGCAGCGGCAGCUCUCGCAGCAGGAGCCGACGCGAGGCUAGUGAAAGCAGAGGCCGAAGCGAACAAGGGAGCCAAAGUCGACGGCGAAGCGAGAGCAAGGAAUCCGAUAAAAGCGGCUCAGCGAGUCGUUCAGCCAGUCGAUCGGCGAGUCGUUCAGCCAGUCGAUCGGCGAGUCGUUCAGCCAGUCGAUCGGCGAGUCGUUCAGCCAGUCGAUCGGCGAGUCGGUCAGCCAGUCGAUCGGCGAGUCGGUCAGCCAGUCGAUCGGCGAGUCGGUCAGCCAGUCGAUCGGCGAGUCGGUCAGCCAGUCGAUCGGCGAGUCGUUCAGCCAGUCGCUCGCGUAGCUCAAGCCGCAGCCGCAGCAAGAGCAGCGGAGGAAGCGACAGGAGCCGAAGCUGCAGCUCGAGCCGAUCGCAGUCGUCCUCACGCGAUUCAUCGAGGGAAGCAGACGAGCGAAGGCGAAAGGAGGAGGAGGAGGCGGCAGCUGCGAAGGCGAAGGCCGAGGAGGAAGAAAGAAAGAGAAGAGAGGAAGAAGAACGACGCAAAAGAGAGGAAGAAGAACGACGCAAAAGGGAGGAGGAAGAACGACGCAAAAAGGAGGAGGAAGAACGACGCAGAAGGGAGGAGGAAGAAAGGCGCAGAAAGGAGGAAGAAGAACGACGCACAAGGGAGGAGGAGGAGCGACGCAGAAAGGAGGAAGAAGAGCGACGGAAGAAGGAAGAAGAGGAGAAACGCAGGAGAAAAGAAGAAGAGAAGAAGCGUGCUGAGGCCGAAGCUGCUGCGCUAACUGAGGCUGUCAAGAAGGAGGCAGAGAAGAAGAGAAAGAGGAAGGAAAGGGAUGACGACAAGGAAAAGGAGAAGAAGAAACACAAGAAGGCGACUGACGCAGACGACGCGGAGGACAAGCACAAGAUGAGGACCUCCGUUGCCGAGGACGAACCCGCGGAGAAGAAGGAAAAGAGAAAAGAUGGUUCUUCUGGAAGCAGCAAGAAGAAGGAGGAUAAGGCUGAGAAAAAGUCGAGCGACAAGAAGAAGGGGUCCGCAAAGGAGGCGUCGACGGAGGCGAGCAAAGGACAUGACAAGAAGAAAGAAGACAAGGCCUCGAAUGAGAAGAGUGAGAAAGAGAAGAAGAGCAGCAAGAGUGGUGGCAACAAGAAGAAAGGCAGCGACGGGGAGAAGAAGGAAUCCACGAAACACGCAGAUGACAAGAAGAGCAGCAAGAAGAAGCACAAGUGA